CCGGAGCUGGAGCCGGACCUGGACCUGGAGCCGGAGCCUGUGCAACUCGGGAACUGACCGCGGUGCUGAAACAUUCGCCACUAGACGGGAGGCAGGAGCUGACUGUGGGUCUGAAGCCAUCGUUAGCGUGGAGGGAACUGUCCGCGGUACUGAAACCACCUCCACUGUCCGCCUUGCUGAAUAUAUCGCCAGCCAGGACUGAGCUAGACCCGACCCAUCCUCCCUGUUGACGCUGGGAUUUUAUGCACGGGAUCAACGCGCAGGAGGAAACCGCUCGCCCUGAAUCAGCUCGAUUGCUUAUUCAUUUCAUUUUUUUCCCCCCUUCCCUGCCUUGAUCAAGACUGUGGGUCUGGCAGCUCCUCAGCUCUUUAGCUACUGCGACGAGGAGGAGAAAGGGGAGAGCAGAGAAGAGGCGACCAUCUCCCGGGAACCCGCUAACAGCUCCUCUGACUGAAGCGAAUGAAUGUGUCUUUGCCAAGCUCGCUGGCCUGAGGUGUUUGUCCACAGAACGGUGGGUGUGCGUGAUGAUGGAGAGAUUCCUCGUGUCUCUGCUGUUGCUCAGCCUGGCGGUCAGGACUCAACUCUGCCCCAAACGCUGCAUCUGCCAGAACCUCUCACCGUCCCUGGCCAUCCUCUGCUCCAAAACCGGGCUGCUCUUCGUGCCCCCGUUCAUCGACAGGAGAACAGUGGAGCUGAGGCUCACCGACAAUUUCAUCACCACUGUCAGGAGGAAAGACUUUGCCAACAUGACCAGCCUGGUGCACCUCACCCUGUCCAGGAACACCAUCAGCCAGAUCAUGCCGCUGACCUUUGGUGAUCUGCGUGGCCUCCGGGCCUUGCAUCUGGACAGCAACAGGUUGACCACGGUCUUGCCCGAACAUUUCAGCGGCUUGGUCAACCUCCGGCACCUCAUCCUCAGUAACAACCAACUUCACCACAUCUCGACCAACUCCUUCUAUGACUUUGAAACCUCCCUCGAAGACCUGGACCUUUCUUACAACAACUUGGAGGAUCUGCCUUGGGAUACCAUUAGUAAAAUGACCAACAUCAACUCUCUGAGCUUGGACCACAACCUGAUUGUAUUUGUUCCUGAAGGGACAUUUUCCAACCUCCACAAGUUGGGCCGGUUGGACAUGACCUCCAACAAGCUUCACAAGUUGCCCCCCGAUCCACUCUUCCUCAGAGUCCGAAUGUACUCGAAGACAAAGGGGUCCCCGCUGUCAUCUCUGGUGCUCAACUUUGGUGGGAAUCCCCUGCAUUGUAACUGCGAGCUGCUCUGGUUGAGGCGUCUCACCAGGGAAGAUGAUCUAGAGACCUGUGCGUCUCCGCCCCACCUCAUGGGCAAAUACUUCUGGUUCAUCCCCGAGGAGGAGUUCACCUGCGAUCCUCCGCUGAUCACGCGACACAGCUCCAAGAUCUACGUCAUGGAAGGUCAACGAGCCAUCCUCAAAUGUAAAGGGGUGGGAGACCCAAACCCAACCAUUCACUGGACCUCACCAGAGGGAAGACUGAUCUCCAAUUCCACCCGGGCCACUUCCUACGAGAACGGGACUCUGGAGAUGCUGAUUGCCGCGCCUAAAGACACCGGCACUUUCACCUGCUUUGCCUCCAACGCUGCAGGUGAUGCCGUGGUCACGGUAGACCUGGUAGUCAAUCCUCUCCCACAUUUUGCCAACGCCACCAACAACAUCAAGGAGCCAGACCCCGGCUCGUCCGACAUCACCACCUCCUCCAAGUCUGCGUCGCCCUCUGUGGCCAACGACACAAAGACUCAGCAGGACAGGAGGGUCACUGCCACUGACCUCACCUCCACCUCGGUACAAAUACGCUGGCCCUCACAGCGCCAUGUGCCCGGCAUUCGCAUGUACCAGGUGCAGUACAACAGCUCCAGCGACGACGUCCUUGUGUACAGAAUGAUCCCGUCUUCCAGCAAGACGUUUGUGGUGAAGGACCUGGUGGCUGGACGAGACUACGACCUUUGUGUCCUGGCCGUGUACGAUGACCGGACAACGUCCCUGACAGCGACCAGAGCUGUGGGCUGUGUGCAGUUCACCACAGAGAGAGAGUACGCCCACUGUCGCUCCACACACACCCAGUUCCUUGGCGGGACCAUGAUCAUCAUCAUCGGAGGAAUCAUCGUGGCCUCUGUCCUGGUUUUCAUCAUCAUCCUGAUGAUCAGAUACAAGGUGUACAACAGCUCGGCCGAACACAAAGCCAAGGUCAGCAACGUCUACUCCCAGACCAACGGGAGCCACCAGGGCUCCAUGCCACCGUCCACAUCCAAGCUGACCGAGGAGCAAGUCCAGGAAGUGAUGAUGGACUCCACCAAAGAAACCUUGGCUGCAGCUUUAACUUCGGGCUGCGACAGUGUCUCGGUCACCCCCAGCCCGUCUUUCCCAGCCGAGGGAGUCAGCCCCCACAAAGGGAGGAGAACUCGUUCUGCCACAGAGCAGCUGAAGGAAGGUCCAUGCUCCCUGAAGGAGGCUCAAGGAGAAGAACAGGGUAGCAACACCACAAAGCAGCCACAAUGCAAAGAGCACAAGUGAAGGAGGGAUUCUGCUGGGACCCUCCUCACCGCUGGAACUGUUGGAUAUUCCCCAGUGGUCACCACCAAGUCCACCUCCCGGGAACAGCUUGGAGAAUGGGUUUCACCCCAGAACCACAAACAAUGCCUGUUAUCUCUUCCAUUUUUGUACAUAAUAUAUUUUUGAUACCUCGAAGCAUGACAUUUGAAGAGUGUCUGAUGUGUCCUAGAUAAGUAUGUGUCAGUGGGUGUGUGUAUCUACAAGAUAUGUACAGGAACAGUCAGGCUCGAGGCUCGAGUCAGUCUGCCACACAUCAGUUGUCUGUGUAAAGCCUGUAUCUGGCAACCACGGCCAACAACUAGUUGGAACAUUCCACCACGCUUGCACAAGUCAUCGUGGAUCCAACAUGGAUUGCAGUUCUCCCUUUACAUUCCCCACUCCCCUCAUUUCAUCUCCGCCAUUUCACCAGCUCCUGGGUUUUCAUUUAAGGUCAGUAUAGGUGGGAAUUACUGACACAGCAUCUGGGCGGUUAAUGCUGCUGCUCAUAUCGUUCUUCCCCCUCUGUGGAAUGGUGAAUGUGUGAAGAUGCAGCCCUGUGUC